AUGAAGAUAUUGCUGCACAACCUAAACCAUGACCACGGUGCGCACAACUUGCUCUUGCAGACAGUACGAGAAUGGGAAAUAGAUGUGGCCAUAAUAGCUGACCCGUACAAGGCCGGAGUAACUCAGUCAUGGGUCAUCGACAGGACAGGAGAGGCAGCCAUCUGGCCGUGUGGAAACUUACCUUUCCAGGACACAGCAAACUGCAAUCAAAGUGGAUUCGUCAGAGCUAAGCUCGGUGGCAUACACUUUUAUAGCUGCUAUGCACCUCCUAGAUUAGACAAAGAGCAAGGAAGAUUUACGGACCUCCUAGAUAGGCUGAUGAAAGAUGUCAAGGAACACUCCCCAGCAGUAGUCGCAGGAGAUUUUAAUGCUUGGGCAGUAGAGUGGGGAAGCAGGUGGAACAACAACAGAGGAAAUGAAUUGCUAGAAACUAUGUCGUACCUAGACCUAGAGCUCCUCAACACAGGAUCUAUGCCAACGUACGAAAGAGACGGAAGAUCAUCAAUUGUUGACCUGACGUUUGUCAACGCGGGUAUUGUACGAAAUUGCGUAAACUGGAAAGUGAAUGACAUUUUCAACUUAAAUGACCACCGAGUGAUUACCUGGGAGAUAGGAAGGAAGGAGACAAUGCAAGAAAAGCCAAAUGCAAUGGGAUGGAAAGUAAAAGAGUUCGACCCUGAGCUUUUCAUAACGGCACUUGAUACGGGCCUUAUCAGCGCUCGUGACGCCGAAGAAGAAGCUGAGAAGGUUAUGAAGAAAGUCGCUGAGGCUUGCGAUGCAACUAUGGCUCGAAAGGGCACAAGAAACAAGCAUGCACCGAUAUACUGGUGGAGCGAGAACAUCGCUACCAUUCGAAAGGAGUGCAUCUCAGCAAGAAGGGCGGUAACACGCGGACGGAAGAAAGGCAGAAAUGUCAUAGAGCUGCAAAACCAGUACAAAAGGGCUCGUUCAAACCUGGUAAAAGCGAUCAAGGUCAAUAAAAGACAAUGCUGGAAGGAGCUUCUGGAAGAGGUCGAUACUGACCCUUGGGGAAGGCCCUAUAAGGUCGUCACCAAACGGCUAAAGAGCCAGGCAACGGUAUCACCAAGUUGUUUCUCAAGAAGGUAG